AUGGCGGAGACCCUGGGCCUCUGCACCCCACGGGGCCAGUGUCAGGCCAGCAUGGGUACCAACGCCUCAUCGGCCAACGUAGACACCAAUGCCUCCUCGGCUGACUCCGUGCUGGUGGGUGGCAGCACGUGGAGGGGCCGGGAGCCCUACUCCAUCUUCACCAUCCUCAUCCUGACCCUGAUGGUACUCCUGACGGUGGCCACCUUCCUCUGGAACCUGCUGGUGCUGGCGACCAUCCUGCGUGUGAAGGCUUUCCAUCGGGUGCCCCACAACCUCGUGGCUUCCACAGCAGUGUCGGAUGUGCUGGUGGCGGCCCUGGUGAUGCCGCUGAGCCUGGUGAAGGAGCUGUCGGCCGGGCAGCGGUGGCGGCUGGGCCGGGAGCUGUGCCUGGUGUGGGUGUGCUUCGACGUACUGUGCUGUACAGCCAGCAUCUGGAACGUCACCGCCAUCGCCCUGGACCGCUACUGGUCCAUCACCCGCCACCUGGAGUACACGUUGCUCACCCGCCGCCGCAUCUCCAAUGUCAUGAUUGCGCUCACCUGGGCGCUCUCCGCUGCCAUCUCACUCGCCCCUCUCUUCGGCUGGGGUGAGACCUACAGCCCUGAGCAGGAGCGCUGCCAGGUCAGCCAGGAGCCCUCCUACACCAUUGUCUCCACUGGCGGGGCUUUUUACCUGCCUCUCUGCGUGGUGCUCUUUGUCUACUGGAAGAUCUACAAGGCGGCCAAGUUCCGCAUGGGGGGCCGCAGGAGGAACGCCGUGGUGCCCGUGCCAGAGGCUGCCCAGGUGAAGGAAGCUUCGCCUGAACCACAGAUGGUGUUUACAGCUCGUCAUGCAGCUAUCACUUUCCAGACAGAUGGAGAAACGUGGAGAGAACAGAAAGAGAAAAAGGCAGCUCUGAUGGUUGGCAUCUUAAUUGGAGUGUUUGUGCUGUGCUGGAUCCCCUUCUUCAUCACGGAGUUAAUAAGUCCCCUCUGUUCCUGCAACAUCCCCCCUGUCUGGAAAAGCAUCUUCCUUUGGCUUGGCUACUCCAAUUCUUUCUUUAAUCCUCUCAUUUACACAGCUUUUAACAAAAAUUACAACAAUGCCUUCAAGAACCUUUUUGUAAAGCAGAGGUAA